UAGUUCUCAGUCAGUCAGUCAGCCAGUCGGUCACUGGCGAUUGAUCGAGCGAGACGCGAUUCCAAACUUACUUCCCACGGUUUAGUGCCGGCCACCUACACACAGCGAUAACAACGGCAUCGAUACAUAAUCAAAGACUUUGUGGUUCAUCAACGGUUUGUCCAAUGAUUCAUGGAGUGUAACCCCGGUUCAGUUUGGCCAAGAAAGGGUGCGUUGUAUGGCUAAAAUUCAAGGUCGAUACCAAAAUCCGAGAAAAUAUAAAAGAAAAGUUGGAUCUAAUCGACCAAUUACGCUACAGUUUCAACUGGUGUCCGAUGACAUUGAUGCUUAUACCAAGACCAAUCAGUGUUUAAAUUGAAGUUAAUUGUGAAAACUGUUAUGGAGAAGUGAUUGGAAGGGAGGCACAAAGACGAAGGAAUCGGUUGUCUUCAGCUGUGGUUCGCGCAUAUCUUAUUCGAACACCAACCUGUCCGGCCAACGUUCCUCAAGCGCUAACAGCACAAAUGGCGCCAGACAUUGGAGACCCAGUGAUUCCGGUGGUUAGCAGUGCCGGCGGUUGCCAGGGCGCUCCCACACCCACGACGACGAUGACGACGACGACAGUUCAUCAACGACUUCACAACAGUACAACCUCAGCCAGCAGUGCGGAUAAACUAGUCAGCAGCGAUGAUAACAACAAUCAAAUCAGGGACAAGGAAGAAAACACUCAGGGAGAAUUUCGGCCACAAAUCCGAUGGCCAGAUUUUUUUGCACAACUCUUUCUGCAUGUGGGCUUCGUCAUAGGAGUGUGGCAGCUGCUCACGUUGCAGGUUAAAUUCUACACAAUCGUGUGGACUCUCCUACUUAUUUGGGGUUCCGGCUUCGGAAUAACAGCCGGGGCCCAUCGGCUGUGGUCCCACAAAUCGUACAAAGCCAAGUGGCCUUUACGCGUGCUGUUGAUGUUCCUCUUCACCAUCUGUGGGCAGCGAGACGCCUACACCUGGGCCCACGACCACAGGGUGCACCACAAGUACUCGGAAACGGACGCGGAUCCUCACAACGCCAAGCGGGGUUUCUUUUUCGCUCACGUGGGCUGGGUGUUCUUGACGCCCCAUCCGGAGGUGGUGGCCAAGCGGAAGAUAAUCGACAUGAGCGACCUCGAGGCGGAUGAGGUCGUCAUGUGGCAGAGGAAGUAUUACACCGUUUUGUUCGCUCUACUAGUCAUCGGCCUCCCAGUGCUAGUGCCAUAUUACUACUGGUCCGAAAACAUAUGGGUAGCUUUCUGGGUCUGCUUCACCCUUCGGUUCACAACCACCCUCAACAUUGCCUUUUUCGUAAACAGUGUCGCGCACAUGUUCGGCAAUCGACCUUACGAUAAGAACAUCAGCCCAGUGGAAAACCUUUCAGUUGCCAUCGCAGCGAUGGGCGAGGGAUGGCACAACUACCACCACGUAUUUCCCUGGGAUUACAAAACCGGAGAGCUGGGAAACUACAUGUUCAAUGUAACCACCGGUUUCAUCGAUGCCUUUGCCAAACUCGGAUGGGCCUAUGAACGCAAAUCGGUCUCCCAGGGAAUCAUCGAACGCAGGGCGGCCAAGUACGGGGACGGAACGCGCUUUCUCAGCGAUGAAUUCGCGCACAAGGAUGCCGUGUGGGGCUUCGGAGAUGGUGACAUUCCAGCGGAAGAUUUGGAAGACAUUAUGAGGCAGCAGGAGUGAACGAGCCGUGAUAUCAACAAGUGUGCUAUGAAAAACAAAGUUGAAUAUAUUAAAAUAUGAAGUUUGAACUUUAUUCAAAAGAAGAAAUAAAGCAUUUGUUGUCUAAUUGAAGAAA